AUGUUGUUAGCAUUGGGCUCACCGUGCAUCGUUGUGCUGACUCAUCUGAUGCACCAAGUGUUGGCCUCUUAUGAAGUCUGGCCGGAUCCGGUUGACGAUGGCAGAACGCAUUUUCCGAAACCCACUUCGUGGGCCGAUAAGAAUUACGGGCAAUGGUGUCGAAAUAGGACUAUUAACAGGCACAUCCAGUGUCAGAUGGGUUCGUCAUUACAUCUAUAUUCUUGCUGCGGUGAAACAGGCACCGAAUGCUGUUUUCGGCUACAGCCUGUUGUGAUAGCUUACACUUCCGGUUUAGGAUUUGUUUUUGUUGUUGCUGUGAUAUUUUACUUUUUGUUGAAAUUUAAUCUUAUUUGUCCAGUGUCAUCAAAUGAUCGUGAGGUUAUUGAGUACAGGGAUUUGCCCAAAUCAGAUAGAUAG